GUCCUCAUUCAUGCUGGAUGCUCUGUGCUGAUUCCGACACUUCCAGCAGCGCGUGAAGGCAACACAUGACUGAGCAUUAGCUGAGAAGGGAGGGAAGGAGGGAUUGGGACCUAGAGAGGCUAAACAGGUGGUCUGAAAACACAGAAAACAAUGUCCGGCGGGGAGGAGCACAGAGAUUUUUAGCCCUCGCUUCUGCGAAGGAAUACCGGGACAGUUACGGAGCCGAACAAACAAGAACCCAUGCUCCUUUUUUAUUUCCACGCGGAUUUCUCCUCAUCCUUCCUUUCUCGGUUUUACUCCGAAUCUUGGCGAGAUAUCGGAUACUAAACCAUGAAAGUCACGGUGUGUUUUGGCAGGACCCGAGUGGUGGUGCCAUGCGGGGAUGGAAAUAUUAAAGUCCAUACACUCAUCCAGCAGGCUGUCAUGAGAUACAAGAAGGCUAUCGCCAAGGACGCAAGUUACUGGUUGCAGGUCCAGCGGCUGGAGCAUGGCGACGGCGGCAUCCUCGACCUGGACGACGUGCUCUGUGAUGUGGCCGACGACAAAGACAGGUUGAUAGCCGUGUACGAUGAACAGGAGCCGCAUCAUGGAGGCGAUGGUACCAGUGCCAGCUCCACUGGGACUCAGAGCCCUGACCUGUUUGCUGCAGACCUCAGCGCUGGCAGCGGAGCCUCUGCCUUCCAGCCCUACCAGGCUGCCAGUGAGAUUGAGGUCACACCCUCCGCCCUGCGCACCAAUAUGCCCCUCCACGUCCGGCGCAGCAGUGACCCUGCCCUGCUGACCAUUAAUGGCCCAUUUGGUGGCGCCGAGUCACGGGUCCAAACAGAAGAGCCGCCAUCGAGGAAGAACCCAACCCGCUGGUCCACCACUGCAGGCUUCCUGAAAGCUCGCCACUCCACCGGCACCAACAGCCUGGAGAGGAAGGGUAAAGGUAUGGACACAUACCGCAGCCUGCCGCGGGACGCAGGGACCUGGGCCAAUCAGAGAGAGUUUCAGAGAGAAGCAGCCCGGUCAUCACUCAGUGCCAAUCACCCAAUAGUGGACCACUGGCUGCAGAGACAAGAACAGGAGGAAGAGGCCAGAGAGGAGGAAGACGGCAGGAUCGAGCCGGUCGGCCGAGCUGACUCUGGCGUGGACCACGCCCCUGUGAGAUCACUAGAAGACAUAGUCAGACUGGUGGAGGUGUCAAACGACGGCGGGCCCCUGGGGAUCCACGUGGUGCCUUUCAGUGGCAGGGACCGCAGGACUCUUGGCUUGUUGGUCAAGCGUCUGGAGAGGGGAGGGAAGGCCGAGCAGCAAGGCCUCUUCCAGGAGAACGACUGUAUCAUCCGUAUCAAUAACGGAGACCUGCGAAACAUCCGCUUUGAACAAGCCCAGAACAUGUUCCGUCAGGCCAUGCGAUCUCCCGUCAUCAUGUUCCAUGUGGUCCCAUCCUCCAUGAAGGCCCACUACGAGCAGCUGUCCCACACUGAGAGGAAUACGGCAUAUGCCUCAGGACGUUUUAGCCCUGACUCCCUGAACGGCAGCACAGUUUCUGGACUGGACCAUACCCCACAGAGGAUGUCACGGCACGGUGCCCAAACGCACACUCAUUCGCAAUCUCACCCAGACCCGACUGAUGGCUACACCCCUCUGACCCACCCAGCGGUCUCUGCAGCCAAGCCGCCUACAGGUCACACCCAAUCGCCUCAGAAGGGGCUGAACUCAACCUCAGCUGGAGGAUAUACCAAGAAAGUCGGGAGGAGGCUCAGCAUCAGACUAAAGAAAGGUCCUGAGGGACUCGGUUUCAGUAUCACGUCUCGGGAUGUUCCCAUUGGGGGCUCUGCACCCAUCUACGUCAAGAACAUUCUGCCACGGGGAGCUGCCAUCCAAGACGGCCGUCUCAAGGCAGGAGACAGGCUGCUGGAGGUGAAUGGAGUGGACCUGAAUGGGCGGACCCAGGAGGAGGUGGUGUCUAUGCUGAGAGCCACACCUAUGGGUGGGGCCGUGGGGCUGCUGGUCCUACGUCAGGAAGACACCUUCCUUCCCAGAGAAGUGAACGCUGAGCCUCAGAUGCAGCCCCCCAGAGAUUUGAAGACAGAGGAGGACGAGUUGGUCCUGACUCCAGAUGGGACCAGAGAGUUCCUGACCUUUGAGAUCCCCCUCAGUGACUCGGGUUAAGCAGGUCUGGGUGUUAGCGUCAAAGGCAACCGGUCCAAGGAGAACCAUGCUGACCUGGGUAUCUUUGUCAAAUCUAUCAUCAAUGGAGGAGCAGCCUUCAAGGACAGGCGACUUCGAGUCAACGACCAGUUGAUUGCUGUCAACGGGGAGUCGCUGUUGGGCAAAACCAACCAAGAUGCCAUGGAGACGCUACGCAAGUCUAUGUCAACAGAAGGCAACAAACGGGGGAUGAUCCAGCUCAUUGUGGCCAGACGAGUGGCCAAAAGAAAUGAGGAGACACCAAUGAGCCCAGUGGGACCCCAGCAAACUAUGAACACCUCUCUGGAUGACCACGAGCGUCGAAUCUCCCACUCCCUGUAUGGUGGCCUCGAGGGCCUUGAUGACAACUUGAUGCCACGACAAGGCAUGAUGCCACCCACAAUAGGUAACUAUCAGCUCUCGCCGACUGUCAACAUGCCGCAGGACGACACUGUGAUCAUAGAGGAUGACCGGCCGCCGCUCCUCCCACCCCACCUCUCUGACCAGUCGUCGUCCAGCUCCCAUGAUGAUGUGGGCUUCACCGCUGACAUGACGCCGCCGUGGGCCAAAGAGCUGCCCAUCCAGAAUGAAACCUCCCUGAGUCCAGAUGAAAAUCAUCCAGAUGGUAUUUUCCAGCGGGAAGGUUUCGGACGGCAGAGCAUGUCAGAGAAACGCACCAAGCAGUUUGGAGACGCCGCACAGCUCGAGAUCAUCAAGACACGCAAAUCCAAGAGCAUGGAUCUAGUAGCCGACGAGAUUAACCUCACCCCACAUCCCGAGACCAGCACAGGUUCUUCCACAAAGGAUGUGGGACCAUCGCUCGGCCUAAAGAAGUCCAGCUCUCUUGAGAGCCUCCAGACGGCUGUUGCCGAGGUAACUCUCAAUGGGGACCUCCCGUUCCACAGGCCUCGCCCCCGUAUCAUCAGGGGGCGUGGCUGCAACGAGAGCUUCAGGGCAGCCAUCGACAAAUCCUACGACCGCCCGCCAGCCACAGAAGAGGAUGAUGAGGGGAUGGAGACAUUGGAGGAGGACACAGAGGAGAGUUCACGAUCCGGGAGAGACUCUGUGUCCACGGUGGCCGACCAGACCCCACUGUCCAGCACAGAGAAACCCCUGGUCAACGGCACCAACCGCACCAAAGAGGAGAAGAAGAAAGACAAAGACAAGAAGGGGAAAGCCAAGAAGGGCAUGCUGAAGGGACUCGGGGACAUGUUCAGGUUCGGGAAGCACCGAAAGGACGAGCGACCGGGGGAGAAGAUUGAUCGUAAAGGCUCCAGCAAAUGGAGGUCAGAGGAGACACAGGUGUCAGUGGAGGAGACGAUGAAGAUGAGGAUGGAGCAGGAGAGGAUCCAGGCCAAGACCAGGGAGUUGAGAGAGCGCCAGGCCAGGGAGCGGGACUACGCUGAGAUCCUGGACAUAAGCCGCACGUCGGAGAGAUCCUCUGAGGAAGAGCAUCCAUACGCAGGAAUCAACAGCUCUGUGGACAGCAGUCACAGCCGACCCCACAGCCCUCGAGACGAUUACCCCCAUAUCCAACCGCACCACCAGCAUCAGCACUCCGAUUCCCUCUACACCCAAGUCAGCAAGGCCCGCAGUGACCGGCCUCCGUCUGCAGACAGUAACCGGCUAGCCCCCAGCAACCAUGACCGGAUACAGAGGCUGCGGCAGGAGUUCCAGCAGGCCCAGAAUGUCCAGGAUGACCCAGACGACCGCAGGAGGACCUACAGCUUCGAGCAGCCCUGGUCAAGCGCCAGCAGCAACAGUCCAGGCGGGUACAGCCAGCCGGGACGCCACUCUGUGUCGGUCGAGGUCCAGAUGCAGAGACAGAGACAGGGGGAGAGAGACUCGUUCGCUCAAGCGCAGCGACAGUACAGCUCUCUGCCACGGCAACCCAGAAAGAACCCCAGCUCCAUCUCUCAGGACACCUGGGAUAAGGCGUACCCACCUGGCGAGGGCUUCCAGACAGCCAAGGACAACCCCAGGUACUCCAGCUACCAAGGUUCCAGAAACGGCUACCCAGGUAGCGGCGUUGUCAACGCCAGAGUCCUUCUGGAAGCCCAGGAGCUCUUGAGGCAGGAGCAGAGGCGUAGAGAACAGGAAGCCAAAGAGAAGUUAAUGCAGGAGAGCGCCGGGAACAGCAGCUAUGAGGGGUACUCCACAGGGCACCUGAAGGACCCGGCAUCCCCCAAGGGUCCGUACCGCCAAGAUGUGCCACCUUCACCUUCGCAGUUAGCGAGGCUUAAUAGAUUGGGGUCAGAGAAAGGAAGGCUUUUUUAUUCUUGAGGAGUGUUGUUGGAUAAAGAGCUGCACAGAGAGCUUGUGGUACAGGAGCUUAGGGGAUUACCUUGAAGAAACAGCAAAGGUGGAUGCUACAAAUCUUGACCAAGACAGCCUAGAGGUCUUAUAGCUUAGCAAUGAUCGUAGAGGUAAACAGAUGUGACGUGUACUCCACAUGUGGGUGUUUGUGUUCAGUCCCUCACUGGGCUGAUGACCUCCACCAGCAGUCAGUCACCCUCCUACAGACAUGAGACACCGAGUGCCUUAUCUGUGUUCACGAACACGAUGCUUGUUCACAGUCGUGCAGGACUCUGAUUCAUCGAGAUCUGGCACCGUCAUGUGUUGACAAUCAAAUGGGCAGACAGGCAAGUGAGUGGGCGCUCUCUUGAGCCCAUGGGGAGGCGUAGGUUCCUGUGUGGGUUUGUGUGUGGGCAUGUGAGAAGGUACAUGUGUCACCAUCAUGUUUGUGUGUCAUGGCUUUACAGAGUGUCACAUGGAGGACCCCUACCACUGGUCAC